AUGGCGUUGUUCCCGGUCCCGCGGCUGCUGGACUGGUCGAGCUGUCCGCCGCACCUGCAGUUCAACCAGUUCGUGCUGACGGGCUACCGGCCGCCCAGCAGCGGCCCCGCCUGCCUCCGGAGCCUCUUCUACCUGCACAACGAGCUGGGGAACAUCUACACCCACGGCUUGGCCCUCCUGGGUUUCCUGGUGCUGCUGCCGCUGACCAUGCCCUGGGGCCAGCUGGGCUGGGGGGGCUGGCUGGGGGGAGCCCACUGUGUGGCCUGCCUGGCCCCCCCGGCAGGCUCAGUGCUCUACCACCUCUUCAUGUGCCACCGUGGCGGCGGCCCCGUCUACGCCCGGCUGCUGGCUCUCGACAUGUGUGGGGUCUGCCUCGUCAACACCCUCGGUGCCCUGCCCAUCAUCCACUGCACCCUGGCGUGCCGGCCCUGGCUGCGGCCCGCGGCCCUGGUGGGCUACGCCCUGUUAUCCGGGCUGGCGGGCUGGCGGGCCCUCACCGCCCCUUCGACCGGCGCCCGGCUCCGGGCUUUCGGCUGGCAGGCGGGGGCGCGGCUGCUGGUGUUCGGCGCCCGCGGCGCGGGGCUGGGGGCCGGGGCGCCGGGCUCCCUGCACUGUUACCUGCGCAUGGAUGCGCUGGCGCUGCUGGGGGGGCUGGUGAACGUGGCGCGGCUACCCGAGCGCUGGGGGCCCGGCCGCUUUGACUACUGGGGCAACUCCCAUCAGAUCAUGCACCUGCUCAGCGUCGGCUCCAUCCUCCAGCUGCACGCCGGGGUGGUGCCGGACCUGCUGUGGGCCGCCCGCCACGCCUGCCCCCCGGACUGAGCGCUCAGCCCGCUCCCCAGCUCCUUCCGUCCGUAAGAGGGCUUCCCCCCUCCUCCCAGGGUCCCUGAACCUCCGGUACCGCGCCUCCCCUCCUACCCUCAAGUGUGCGAGGAGCUUCUCCUCAGCCUCCCAAGGGCUUUCCGCUGAGACUUGGGCCGCGGUAGGGUGUAUCCUACCGUACUCCCGUCCUCAGGGCGGUAGAGGCUCUCCAGCUUUUCUGCCCCUUCCCCGUGGCUGUCCCCAGCCUGCCCUUCCGGGGGGAUCUUCAGGUGACCACGGAUAGGUUUUAGACCAGACCCACCUUCUCCCCAGUUGGCAAACGCUCCACGCGCACACUCCAAGGCCUGGCCCACGGGCCGGCAGGAGACCUUGAGGGGCGUCCCCUUGAGUCACCGUUUUGGCACACUCCACCGGUUCUCCCCCACCCUUUUCUCCCCCCCCUCGGCUCAUCUGUGCAUGCUCCUUUCUCCCCCAGCCCCUUUUUGAUACCGCAGUACCUUCCCCCGCAUCGUCCUCUCCCCUGGAGCGCUGGCCCUUUCCAGCAGCCCUCCUGCUCCUCAGGGCCUCCCCUUUGGGACCAGCCCCACAAGGAGGACUCUGGGCUCCUCAGCACCAGCACAGCCGUUCUUUGCCUCCGGCUACUGCACAAGGACUGGGCCAAAGCUCCUCCCUCCAUCCAUCCAUCCAUCCUUCCGGGCAGCUGCUCGCAUAAGGAUCGUAGACCUUCUAGGCUCCGGGCCUGGCGCCUCAAGAGCUCCACGUUUUCAACUGUUAACAUGACCUAACAGAGUCGAAACGACUUCUAAUAAGGAUUCUUGGAUCCAUUCUUGGGGACCUCCUUGCCCCGAGCCGGCUGCACAUGUUGCUCAAGGAUGGUGCUCCUGCUCUGCGAGUCCUGGGGCUCCUGCUGUACGUACUAAAUCUCGCCUGAGGACGUCCUGUCAGAGACAUAUUAGCACCCGGUAUGAGGGUGCUGGUUGCCGUCGGGAUUCUCGCCUAAGGACUACAGCCUCCCUCCUCCUCAUCUUACCCCGAGGGCUGUUGGAGCCCAGGGCAGGCGGUGGUGGGUGCCACCACCCACCAGAGAAGGUGUUUUGGGGGGCCGGGAAGCUACGGGCUUAAUUCCAAGAGAUCUCACAGCAGCCCAAGAUUUAAAUGGGGUUUUUAUUGUACUUUCCCAGGACCAAAUUACAAGGCAGUGGCAGUGGAGCGGACGUUGGAGUCCCACCUCCUCCCCAAGCUGAGUCCUGAGGGCAGAAGAGAGUGCUGGCCUUGGGGAGGGGGAAGGGGAUAAAAAAAAAAUUAAAAGAGUCUGGAAGGCA